AUGAAAAGAGAGAAGAGAUUCCAAAUUAAACUGUUUAAAGAUUUUGAAACGGCAUUGAAGAAGCCCGAAGAUAUGAAAGGUUCUUCAAAGAGGGGUCGAAAAUCUUCUGUAGUGCCUAAAGAAGAACAGACAGUGACGUCAAAGCGACGCUCUACAAAGAGACGCCGUAAGGAAGGCGAGGAGAAGUCAGAGUCUGAAAAAGAAUUACGGCAUACGGAAAAAGCGCUCGUUCCUCCGAAGAGGAAAGAACCAAAGAGGAGCGACAAAUUGGUGCUACCCGAGCAAGCUUCGCUCGACCCGAAGGAAGUCAACGAUGGGGAUUUGGAUUUGAACAUAUCUCCUGGGCAAUCGGUCUCAUCCACAGAUAUUGCUGGUCGCACAGAUGGAUCUGAUGUUUCAGAACUUCGAAUGGAUAAAUCGUCUUCUGUAAAUAUUAAAAGCUGGUCAGAGGAACGAAUCAUUAGCCAUUUUGGUCUGAAGGAGUUUACGAUCGAUAUUUCGGAAUUCCCACAUCAUGAACUUCAACCGUCAACAAGCAAUCAACUUGCUGGUGGUGGAACAAUACGAAAACUAAGCACUGACGAAUUGGCAAAUGGCGAAGAACACUCCCAUUCCAGUAAGAAUAAGGAAAAUUUGGUAGGACUUGAGCACAAGAAAAAAAAGCGGAAGCGCUCAUUAUCGUCUUCGUCAUCAAGGUCAUGUUCCUCAUCUGACAGGGGAAGAAAUAACCAUUCGUGUAAUGAAUCUGGAACAGAACCGAGUCCACAGACAAGGAACACCAGUAAGAAAAAAGGACAUAGUGAAAGACCAUGUGUUGAAUGCGGUCGAUUUCUUGACUCUUGUGUCACGGAAUGGAAGGAAACUCUUGGCACGUCAACAGUUUGGUGCUCUCGCGAUUGUAUUGAGAGGCGGGUCGCAAGAGCGCAUGAGGUAUUACCAGAAGGUUAUGGUGCCUUAACAUUGCUUCGAGGUGAUGGCCAAUUAUUAACGACGGGUCCAACUCUGACGAAUUUGGCUGAGUUCAUUUUCAAGUAUCCGGAGUAUGAACCCGUCCUGCCCGUGGCAAAAAAGAAACAAGUCUCGAAAAAUGAUCAAGGUCCGGAUACAAAAAAGUCAGUGUCGAGACCCUUAUCAAAAGAUGCAGAUCGAGUUCGUUUCAACGUCAGAAGAGCAUUUUCGGAUGCGCUUUUGAAAAGAGCAAAGAUGGAUAAGGUGAAGUCGGCUAUGAAGUUAUGCAAAGAUGUAUCAGAAAAUAUUGAAGCAGCUCUCUUCAAAUCUUGCGGUUCGAAUUUUAGUUCAAUAUCUUAUAAAACGUGGACGAAAGCUUUUAUCGAGAACGUGGCCGACUGUCGAAAUAAGGGCUUCUACUAUCGCGUCUUGACUGGCUUGAUAUCAGUGCACAAGGUUGUCACUUUGGACAGGAAUCAAAUGAGGAAGCCGGAGUACUCCAGUCCUUUGGAUGACGUACAAGCGUCAGUCUUUUCUUUAGUAGUUCCCGCGAACAGUGUCGUGGAACAGCGUGAUGAUGCAUCUGUUUCGUGCGAUGCGGAUAAAUCUGAUCUAAAUGUAUCUACUGUGGGUGUAAUGAAGAAAGAAGGUAUUUCGUCCAUUAUCACCAAGGUAUCUACAACUUCGACCAAGAAGGCUGAACCGAAGGGAAUAGUACGUGUCGCACGACGGUCUGAUGCUCGAAAAGUUCCAAGUGCGAACACAUCGCUUUCGACCUUGGAUUCGAUACUGGGAGAUGGUGCAAAAGAUACUACAGAGCAACAUUUGAGCCAUUUUUAUGACGUAAACUGCAGUAUUUGUCUUGCAAAACAGAAAUCACAGGCAGAGGCAGAAAGAAAAGAAAAAGAGGAAAAGGAACGGCAACGAGAAGAAGACCGGAGAUUUAGGGAGAUGCUUCCACCAAUACGGCAGCCUGACUAUGCGAGGUGUGGAUCCUCCAGCCUUGUCGAUCUUGAUUACUCUAUGAAUUCUGGAAGAGAUAGCGCGGAUGAGCUUAGACGAGUCCGCACUCCUGAAAGCACUGGUGCUGCUUGUGCGUCAGACGAUGAUUACGCUGUUUCUUAUGGAGAUCCUGAAGAGAGCUCACCAUUGUUCAGUGAUGAACGCGAAAUUGAAGCCCAUACACGAACAGUAUGGAGUGGACAGAUUUCGCUAAACAACGCAUCUAUGAGGACGUCAUUGUGUUUAAUAUCGAAUCCCAUAGCAUUUCGAGCUGCUCCAGAACUGCCACCUAAGCUUCGAAUCAAGGGUCGUAUUGUGCCUUUGAUAGUAUUCGAUUAUGUGCAUGAAACAAUGAGGAAUGGAGAGCACCACGUUGCUGUUUUGCGAUUAACUGAUCCAGUGGAUUUCGAAUGUGAACAGCGGUUUAUUUCGAUGUAUGAGGAUAUGGUUAGAAAAGGUCGAUAUUUUGCUGUUGACGUACCUCAAGACACCUGCUUUAAAGAUAUGUACCUUAUGCCACUGGCUGCUGACGAAGAACCACCAGCGGUUUUGUUACCAUUCGACGGUCCAGGAAUACCAAAGCGACAUUCCCCGAUGAUAAUUUGUGUGAUGGUUAUUUACGGACCUGGAUACUCUCGUGGAUUAAAGCUAAAGAGUCCACAAGAACCGCAAGUUCUUAGUGAUCAUCGCCAGAUACCACUUCUUUCUCGGAGAUCCCCACCAAGUUGUGUUCCCAUUUCUUACGAAUUUGGCAACUUGAAACCAGACGUAAGUCGUUCUCAUAUUCCAAGCGUUUCUAUGCAAUUGCUAGAUACCGACGAACGCUCUGAAGUAAUAGAUGACCCUUCAUCGCGAAUUAACGUACCACCCGAUUUAUUGCCGGCUGAAACUACCGACAUUCAAACUAUUCGGUCGCCGCAACAAUGCAAAUCUGAAACAAGUACUCCUCGCGAGCCAAGUGAAAUUGCUGUACUUGGAGAGGCAGAUAGUCUGCUACCUUCAAAGUUCUUCUUAAUGUGUAAAGAAGCAGCUAAAGAACCUUCAAAAGUUCUUAACGCGGACGAAAUUGAGACUCUUCCUGACCUGUUGCUAUAUAUUCAGCUCAAUAAUAAACCACGUGAGAUAAAGGAAGUUGUGUCCCGGUUUAUGGCCAGUUCUGCGUUAUCAGAUGAUGAUCGAGAAUUAAUACGAAAGAAGGUUCUGGAGAAAAUUGCUAAUGAAAAGAAGAAAAAAUCUCAGAACAAAGUUGCAGCAGCGGAAGAAAGCACAUCGCGAUCUGUCAACCAACCUAAAGUUGUUGGUGUCAGAAAGUCUGAAAGCAAUGAAACGUUGAAUUUGAACUCCUUAGAUUUUGAUUCUUUGAAUCAGUUGUCUACUUUUGUUGGUGCAAGUGUACAGGACUUGCUGAAACAGGGAGAGAAGCUAAAAGAAGACACUGAAUUUUUCCCUACUCCAUCGUCUCCACCUCCGCCACCUCCGCCGCCGUCUGCAGUAGCCAUGACAGAUGACAAUAAAUGUGCAAAAAUUGGCGUUGAGGAGGUUAAUGGUGAGGGCCAACGUUCUCUUCCAUGUAGUGAAAUGCUGCCAGGACCACCUCCUGUUCCACCCGUAUAUGAUUCUCCUUCAGAAAAUAACAAUAGAAAAACGUCCGACUCACCGACAUUACCGCGUCCACCUCCAUUUCCUUCGCUCAGCGUUGUCCCACUUCCUCCGCCUCCCUCACUAGUGCCGGGAUCGGCAACAUCUACCCUUCCAACAAUUCCUCCACCUCUACUUGGCAUGUUUCAUCCACCUACUCCUGGCAUGGUCCCGGACAUCGCCUUUCCUGCGUCGUAUACCAACGGACCGCCCCCACCACCACCCUUUGCUCCAAUGGGUCUUCCUUCACCAGUCGUAACUAGUACAUCGCGGGCUCCAGUGCCAUCAGUGGGUAUCACUGCAUCGUCACCGUUGAUUAAUUCUGUUCGCCCAUCUGGUUUUCCAAAUCAAGGACAGGUUCCUGUACCACAUGUUGAUCACAAGGAAUUCUUUCCAUGUACUUCAUCUUCACGACCUGGAUUUAUUCAUACUCCGCAAGUUCACUAUCCUGCUCAUUCAAAUUUGGCACGCAUGGACACUCCAAGAGAUCGAUCUGGACCUGUUUCUGGAUCACUUCCAGCUAAUCUUGGCUCCACUAAGUGCUCCGGAGCUACAUCUAUGUCUACUAUCCCAUCCACGUUUGGCGAGGUAGUCCCUCUUCCUAGCCAAUUAAUGUCCUCUACAGAAAAUCCGAAAGGACUGCUUCCGUCUGGUGUUUCAAGUGCAAGUCAUGGUCCUAAAGAUAGGAAUUUGACAUCGGCACCAUCAGCACCAGGCAAGUUUUAUUCAUCUUGCAUAUUCCUACUUCUGAUUAAGGAAUCGCCUUCAUCACCGUCUCAACAGUAUGUCGAUAAGAGUCAGCUAGUAGGCAAGAAUGGGCCUCGAACGCCUAGCCCUGAAAUCUCGAAGAAACAUGUUUAUAAUGCGGAAAUUGAACGGUUAAAGAACGAUAUUGAAAAGGAGAAGCGGGAUGCUGAGCUACAGGCGAGGCUGAAUUUACUCGAGAUGGAGUUUCAGGCUAGGGCAAGUUUUUAUACGGUUCCAGUCAACUUUUUGUUUCCAUUUUUCCUUUUUAUUGCGGUGUUCAAUUAA